CUCCGGCUGCGGGGCCGAGCCUGCCGCCGCCCCGCCCGACGGCCCCCGGCCGCCCUCCAGCCUCUGCAGCAGCCCCGGCCUCGGCUCCGGCUCCCUCCAGCCCGACAGCCUCCAGGCCUUCCCCGGGCUCGGCAGCCCUCGCGAGUCGCCCAGCAUCCAGUGUGACAGCCUGGAGUGUCCCUGCUGCUGGAGCGGGAGCGUGGCGUCGGGGGGCGUCUGCGAGGACAGCCUGCAGCCCCCCCUCGCCACCUGCAAGGGCCGAGCCUGCCGCCCCCGGGCAGCCAGAGAGCUCUCCGACAGCCUGGAGUCCUCCGGCGCCCAGCCCGACAGCCUCCAGUCGGUCUCCAGCCUGCGGGAGAGCUUCGGGUCUUCCAGCAUCCAGGGUGACAGCCUCGAGUCCCUUUCCAGCCUGAGCAGCGGGUCCAGCAGCCGGCACAGCGGCUUCGAGGGUGCCAGCCAGUGAGUGAGACUGCCUUCAUCUCCCCACAGCACGCUUCCAGAGCUCCCAGGUUUCCCCCCGUCCUUCAGCAGGCUGCCUUCUUCCAGCUGCUUCUUGCUGCAUCCAGUGCAAUAACCUCAGAUCCUGCCCCUGGCUGCCGUUCCCCAGUUGUGUCCUUCAGAGAGGCAGUGCUCGUUACUGCCUGCUGACUUUUUGUCAUCGGUGAAGAAUGGAGAUGCGUGGUCCUCGGAGGAACCCCAGCUACCUCUCUGAUCUCUAUCAGAACAUGUUACGGGCUGAAGGAGCACUGGGACGAGGGCAGCAGCAGCCCCCAGCCAUCCACACGGGUUGCAGCACGACCCUUUGGAGCAGUGUCCCAGCCAAGGGGGACCCCCAGCCAAAGAACCUCCAGAGCAGCACUUCUUCCAGCUGUGACCCAGCCUUACGGCCCAUCAUACGCCGCCGAGCGAGGUCGUUGCCCACAUCACCCGAAAGAUGGAAGCGGGCGGCCGCGCCGUGUCAAGUUCCUGGAUGCCAGAGUCGUAUGAACCGGGUGAGAUUUGCUGAUGCUUUGGGCUUGGAGCUCACUGAAGUGAAGGUUUUCCAGACUGGGGAGGACCCAUCAAUCCCCUUGCACGUCCUUUCCAGGCUCUCCAUCAACUCAGACCUCUGGUGCAGCAGCUCAGACUUGGAGUUUACCAUGCAGUGCUUGGUCCCCGACUUCCAGCAGCCCGCAGACUGCGUGGAUUUCUCCUCCCGCCUCCAGGAGCAGCAGGUGUGUCUUGAACGAGUGACCAGCUCGGAUCUGGGGCUCAGUGGCACCAUCCAGGUUCGCAACGUCGCCUUUGAGAAGCAGGUGUCUGUGCGAUACACCUUCGACCACUGGAAAAGCCUCCAUGAAGUGUGUGCUCGUUGGCACAGCAGCAUCCCUGAGAAGAACGGGCAGGGGCAGGUUGAUGUUUUCACUUUCUUUCUCCCUGUGCCUCCCUUCCUCCUGCAGCUCUGCUCUGUAGUCCAGUUUGCAGCAAGGUACCAAGUCAACGGCUGGGAGUAUUGGGAUAACAACAGAGGCCAAAACUACAGCCUCACCUGCCGGACUCACCCCCUGAAGAUGCCCAGGGAGUGCGAGGAGAGCUGGAUCCACUUCAUCUGAGCGACCAGCAGGCUGUCAGCAGCCCGGGUGGCACUCUGGCCCUUGGCCAGGCUCUCUGCUCCUAUGGCAACAGGCUUCCUUUCCAAACCUGGCAAAGCGUUGCAGGGCAGGGAAACAGCCAAUGGCCCGUACAAACUGUUCUAAACCUCUCAGAAAGUGAAAAAGGCCAAAACGUGUAUUGAGUUACAUCCGCUGAAAGCCCGUGUGAUUUCUUGUGGUGUGUGAAUCGGUGCAGAAUGGUUCCAAGGGAUGCUGUCAGGCUACCAGAGAGCAAAACAACACACUUCAUGUUGCUAUUAAUAUUCAAGGUUGCACAGAAUAUUUCUAACUGAUCUGUUUUACCAUUUCGUACUGUUUGUUUUCUAAAUGGGCAAUGUGGCUUUACUGGUUUUGUUUCUAACUAUCUCACCAAGUCUGGGCACUAUUCCAUCUAUGCAUAAUUUGGGUGGCAGGCACUGUAGGGAAGUACUUGUAUUUACAUAUAUAUAUCUCUAUUAUUAAGACUGUAACCGUGUUAAGUACUUCCAUUAAUAUUUGGGUUGGAAAUGAAAUGUUAUUAGGAGCAAAGCAUAAAUGAAAAUGUCCCAUCAGGCCCACUGUUUCCUUUAAAAAAAAAAAAAAAAGGUUGCUUUUUCUUAUCUCCAGUGUUUGGUGUAGGCAGCAGGACUGACUGUUCCUGGGGGCUGUGUAAGGCAGGUGAAGUUCUCAGCUUUUCAGGUGAUGCACAAGUUGGCUUUUUCUCUAGGUGGUGGUACAGGAGUUGUUUGUUCCUUGGCACCUGCUUUUACUAAGGGAAACUAGAGCAAUUUUGCUAAUGUUGCAAUGACAUUUGAAGAUCUCAAAGCUCUAUAUGAUGCUAACGAUCUUGGACUGUUACCUGAAACAGGUGAAUUUAUAAAUGAAGAAAUUUGUAGCAUAAAUUUUCAAAACUGGCUGGCUACAUGUAUUAGAAGAGCUGCUUUUUAGAAGGAUUGUAUUAUGAAAACCAGGCCACUUAUUCAGGCAUCUUAUUUUGCAUUGCUGCUUAUUCAUCAAAAUCACAAGUUGUUUUUAAAAUCACAGUUGUAAGCAACCCACAGCCAACUAUAUAUUAGUCCAAAAAGUCUACUGAGCAAUUCUGGAAGUGCAGAAACCCAAUGAAAAUUCAUGUGUCUGGCAACUCAAUGUUACUCCUUAGUUGUGAUAGCCCUUCAGCAAAGCUAGGCUUUCGAGUGAAGAAGCUGCCCUGGUUCCGUUUGUCUUUGGCUUUCAAAGGAACUGAAGUUACACCUGACAAUUCUAUGAGCUGCUGAGCAUCUCUUGCAGAGCACUGAGAAAACUCAGUCCUAUUUGAAACCGCAGUUUCAGGACUGACUGUGUUGUCUGCUUUAACUUUGUAUCGGAGCACUGUGAGGUUGAACAUUUAAGUUGAAGUUGUUUUGCAGGGGGAGGCGAGGCUGAGGUGGGAUUGCCUGCUACAGAGAGGAAAAAUGCUGCCUGCUUUCAGACCUGUGCUAUUUUCUGUACCUGGGCUAGAGAAGUGACCCUUACCAGCCUGGUGGCAACUCCUGUCUCCUAGAAAAAUCAGUACAGUGAAGAGGAAGUCUAGUCUUCCUCGUGGCACAGAAACAAGAGCUCUGUAGGGAGGGGCACUCCCUGAUUGGAAGGGUUUUUGCCUCCUAUGGUGGGCUUCGUGUGACUAAAUGACAUAGGGCAAUAUAGGACAUAACCCCUGUGAACCCCCCAGCCUGUGCUCUUCACAGCCCAUGGCGCUGGUUUGGCUGUAGUUAGCAGAUCACCUGGGCUGUGACAAACUGUGUCACCUCUGCUGGGCACAGGGAGGACAUGGCAGGACCAGCAGUGCCAUUCCCAGUUCUCAGCAGUGGGGUGGGUUGUGCCAAAUUCUGCCCGUCUGUAGAUGGCAAGUCAGAUGAGCAGAAAUACACCUUCCGUGGCUGCAGGAGAAUCUUUCCUGGCAUGAAUUGAAACUGAACUUUGGUGAAACUUGCUCUCUCUAAGGAAUUCCACUGAAGUUUAUCCAGUGGUGUUAAAGUCUGUAGAAGUGGCAUUGUAUGUGCUUGUCACUGAAGUAAGAACACACACACACACUGAAGCACUUACGCUGCAUAAAAGCACUGUUUUAAAGUAUUGCUCCCCCCUCUUUCUCCCUCCCUCCCAAAUUUCUGUAUUUUUUCCAUCAGGAAAAACACUGAAUUGCCUCUCAGCACACUGUUAAAAAUCCCUCUCUCGUGAGACUAUUUGACACCAGUUUACGAUGCAGUACUUGGCUUAUUGGCAGGAAGAGGCUGUUGCCGUCUUCUGGGAGAGACUCGUGCAGUAGCAAAUGUCAGAUGGGUGUUACUGCAGGCAGGGCAGACGAGGUAACACUCUCUGACUAAAGGUUAAUGUGUACACCGUGGUGUCAGAGAGGUGGGAAAUUAAUGUCUUGGUGAGUUUGGCUUGUAUUGUCUUCCCUUUGCAACCUCUCAGGGUAUUUCCAUGUGCAAAAUCUUGAAUACUGAAGUAUUUUUCCAAGUUUGCUGUUUCUCCCGUUGUGUGUCUUGCACUGCUGCAGAGGAGCUGAUGGCAGCUGUCAGUAGAGGAGGUGUCUGGCAUUGCUGACUGCGAGCGGAGCAGGUCUGCCCUGUAACGGCUCCGCGCGGGAUCACUGGGUAAGGUGUUAAACCCUCACACAUCACACUGGUACCUGCUGCCAGGACGAUGGCAUUUGCACUUACACUUUCCUGUCACAUUCAGCAGUGACCAUCAAGGAUUCUAGUUAACAAAAACAGGAUGAAGCCAUUGAGCAGUGGUCAUACACACCUGCCGGAAACUUGUGUCCACCUUUAUACAUUCUCAGGACAACUUGACUGCUUGCACUGUGUUUAAAUGGAGCACUUCCCUUAUAAUGAGGAUUUUGUAAAAGUGAAUUCUUCACAAGGGUUAUUGCCAUAUAAUGCACUUUUAAAAACCUGUAUGUGUUAUAGUCAUACAAUAAAUUAAUGUCUAGUAGUCUACAUUUUCAAGGUUCUUUCAAGCAUGUUUUUUAAAGAAACAUAUGGAAUCCAUGUCAGUGAAAAGGGGUUGUCUUUCCUGAUUAAAUGUCCAGAAUGAAGUACGUUACACAGUAUAUCAGUAAAGCACAUAUGCUAGACAAAAGGUCAUUUUGUUUUAGUGGAGAGUUGUACAAUUGCAAAGGGCUUAAUUAAUUAAAAAAGAUAAAACUAUGGCUAUUGUAAUACAAAAGAUUUUAAUAAAAGCUUUUCACAAUUUUA